UUAUCUCACUCUCGCAACUUUAAAAGCAAAAGCCGGAGACUGGGCAUUUUCUUCUCUAUUCUUUCUUGCCAUUUGAAAACGAAAGCUCAAAUCAUUAUUAGCGUUUUCUACAAGCUUUCGAGCGACGAAGCUUCUUCGCCUCUCGCUCGCUCGAGGUUGCUUGAAACGUUCUAUAAUUGAAAUUUGUAUUAAUUAUAAGCCAUGAUGCGUCGUUCAUCCACCAGGAAAACUGGGUCGCAGAACUCCGCCUCCUCCAUGAAUUCCUCACCCGUUGAUCUCUUUCGCUCCGCCUCUAGUAAAGCCAUUGUCAAGGAGCUGGAGCGGAUUGAUCAGCUAUUUAAUUCAUACAUGAAUAAGUCCUCUGGCAUGAUUGACCCAGAGGGAAUUGAGGCACUUUGUUCAGAUCUGGAAGUGGAGCAUACUGAUGUCAGGAUACUGAUGCUUGCUUGGAAAAUGAAAGCUGAAAAGCAAGGAUAUUUUACCCUGGAUGAGUGGAGAAGAGGCCUCAAAGCACUUCGAGCUGACACUAUCAACAAAUUAAAGAAGGCGCUCCCGGAGCUAGAGAAAGAGGUCAGGAGGCCACCAAAUUUUGUGGAUUUUUAUUCCUAUGCAUUUCGAUACUGCCUAACUGAGGAGAAGCAAAAGAGCAUUGACAUUGAUAGCAUUUGUGAGUUGCUGGAUCUUGUUUUAGGAUCCCAGUUCCAUGCACAGGUUGAUUUGCUUGUUGAGUACUUAAAGACCCAGAAUGAUUACAAGGUAAUUAACAUGGACCAAUGGAUGGGCUUUCUCCGGUUCUGCAAUGAGAUAAGUUUUCCCGACCUAAGCAAUUAUGAUCCAGAUCUUGCUUGGCCCUUGAUCCUGGAUAAUUUCGUUGAAUGGAUGAGAGCAGGUCAAAGCUAGUAUCAACUUCUUCUUUGAUAUUUAUUCUCUACUUGAAACUGCAAUAGUCAUUAGAGAAGGUCUGCGCCUACAAUUAGAUGGCAUUCUUGAAUCUUUUUCUCACACAACUCUUGCCAGAGCCUUGUGACGCAAAGGUUACUCUGUUUUGGUCUGGAGAUGCUGGAAAGAGUCUUGAUACAUUCACUGCGCCCUUGUUCUUUCGGUUUUAAUGCUAUACUGUCCUGUUGAUUAGUUAUCCCAUCUUACACAAUGGUUAAAAAUGAAAUCCAUUGAUUUUUUUAUUUUU